AUGUCUAAGCGCCGAUCUUCAUCUGCGACAAGCAUCAAUAGCGGUGGGGUGGUUCUUUGCGAGCACAAUGUUCGCGCUGUCGUGAAGACAUCGGGCACCUCGACCAACCCAGGAAGGCAGUUCUAUGGAUGCCCAUAUUGGCAGGUAAAACAUAGAAUCUGGGUUUCUAUACGCGUGACACAAUGCUGGUUUUGGUGGGUUGAGAGGGUUGAUGAUGGAAACCAGGAUCUGGAGGCCAUAAUAGUACAGUUGGAAGAUGCAUUGCGCCUCGCUGAGUCCAAGGCGGAGAGGAGGAAGAAGAAGAAAAAUGUGUUGAUCAAAGAUAUGGUUGCUCAAUGA